AAGACUUAAGAUUCAUUAUUACUUCUCUUACUUCUUAUAUUUUAUGUCACCCUUCAUAAUAACAUUAAUAGUAUUUGGGAGAUAUCUAUAAAAUAUACCCUGAAACCACAAAAAUAUUAUGUUUUAAAAAGACACUUGCUGCUAUAAGGGUGCAAGUGAUUUAAGUUGUCUGUUGAGAGACACAGGAUGUUUUAUGUCUGUGUGUCUUUGCUGCAACAAUGCUUUUUUGGGUUUUAUACUGUAAUAAUAAGCUGUGAGAGCACUGUGUACUGGCAUCAUGCCAUUAUCUGAGAUUAUAAUCAGAGCAGAAUAUAUUAAAGAAUAUCAAAUUUCCAUAACUGUUGAUAUUAUGUAUUAAAGCAAAUACACACUAUACAUGAUUUGUAGAAACAAGUUGAUUUAUCUUACAUAUUAAUUUUCUGAAAGCAUAACUUGUAGACAGAACCGACUAGUGUGGGUCACAAUUUCAAAGUAUAUGGCACAGCUGUCUUAUUUUCAUGGCAACAAACACAGAGUGAUGAUUGACAGAUUCACCAACUAAUCAUUUUCUGGUGCCUCUGUGUCAAUGGUUUGUUUCAUGUAUAGAUGGGGCUACGUGGGAAAAAUGACAUGGAGCCUGCUAUCGCGCAACAGAGUGGUUUGCUUAUGUGUUUGCGUCAGCAUGGAGCCUACUGGCACGAAGCACUGGAGCCAAGGAUCUUCCCAGGAGACAUGAAUGAUUUUGGUGUCCAUGUUGUCAUCACACCAACAGGAUAAUCUACUGAAGACAUGUUAUUUCAAGAUGAAGAUUGACACCAGCCUGACUAUGCUCCAGCUGCCCGAGGCCCUGUCCCAGGCAGGCCUUCAGUUCACUGUGGCAACUGAAGAGGACUUCGAUGAUAUCAUGGCUAUGAGCCAGGACAUCUAUGGAGGCCUUGACUACCUGCCCACUAGAUACACCAACUGGCUGCAGGAGAGCAACCGCACAGUUAUAUUGGCUCGCAAACAGGGAAAAGUGAUUGCUCUGGAGUCAGUGGUUGUCAUUGACGAUGGGGAGACUAUGCUGGUGGAAGGCCUACGUGUUGCCCCUCAGGAAAGGGGCAAGGGUGUGGCAGGAGUUCUGCUGCGCUUUUGCUCCGAGCUGGUCAAAUCCAAGUUCCCUGAGGUCAAAGUAACCCGCUUGACCCGUGAUGAUCAGCUUGGACCCAAGGAUUUCCAGAAGUAUCGCCUCAUAACCAAGCAGGGUAUUCUGCUGGUGCGCUUCAGAGCUGAAGACCUCAAGCUCCGUCUGUCUGAGCUUGGUCUGGAUGCAGACAUCCAAUCGUCUUUUUCCACCUCCUCCAAUCCUCCAGUGCGUCUCGACCAUACAGCCGUCCGCCGGCUGUACCUGACCAAUGACCUGUUGCAGGAGGUUCUUCCUAAUUCCACCAUCAUUCAAGACUGGCAGCCAUUCAAGCCACUGCCGAGUAACAUGGCUAUCCUACUGAAGAAGGACAUUGACUGGAUGGUGGAUGAUGUGUCCAACCCUACUGUGGCCAGCCUCUGCACCUUCCCUUUCAGGGUGCCCAUUGGAGAUGACUGGUAUUACCUGAACAUUGACAUGUUCGGUAAAGACCUGGACCUGGUUCGGCAGCAGUUCUUGUGCCACCUGCAGCGCCACACCUCCACCCUGAAGGGUCACGUGAUGUGCCAGAUGUUCCUGGACCCACCUUUCUGGAAGCCCAUGGCCGAAUUCUGCCACAACACCUUGAAUGUGGAGCUGGUGAAGGAGUACACCGAGCAAUGCGUGGUGGAGUCAGACGUCAUCUAGUUACAGAAGGUGGAUAGAAUGGAGGAGAAGAUGAAGGAGCACGAAAGGAAUGAAGACAAGGGUUUAGACCACAAGGAAUGGACACAACUCAAUUACACUUAACAGAAAAACACACCCCUCUGUAAUGAGGAGAUAGGAACCAAGCAAACAAAAUGUAGUUUCUACAAAACAAAACAACUUCUAAGUGUGCAGUAAGUUAAAUUUAACAAUACACAAACAAAUACAGGGAGUGGACAUAAAAUCAUGAACAGAUCGUGUAAUCAGCUACAAUAGAUCUGUUCCAAAUAUAUUUGUAAAAAAUAUUUAAUUGAUGUCAGAGGUGUUGAUACAACUUUAUCUCUUUAAGUAACAUUUCUAAGUCCAUAGUUUUGAGGUGUACUACGUGUACAUAAACAAGGGUGGGACUAAAAAGCACCAGCACCCUUUUGUAACAUAAGUCUUCACACCAUUGGACUGGAUCCAAAACAGACCCAUGGAAAACAUUACAAAAUUCAAAGUUUAUACAUUUCUUUCUUUGAGAUAUCCAACCCUGAAAUGGGUUCCAAAAUUUGAAUGAAUGGGUCAGCAUUAUCAUUCAAAAUUGGUCCACUGUGCAAAUUUGGGUGCAUUUUUUUUGGUCCAAUACACUGCUUUAUUAAAUGCUGAUCGGACUGGACCCAAAUGCAGUCAACAAUAUUGCAAACUGUAGCUUCAAAAGUGAUUAUAGUGUUGAAUCAUCACCUUAGUAGCUUACCUUGAGUUUUAUAACAAUGAUUACAGGUUUUUUUUGUUAUUAUGUCCACGCUCUGUAUGCCGUAUGACACGAGAAGGUGUAUAAAGAGUGAAGAGCUUGGGGAGGCUUUCUCACACCGGUAGCAGUGAUGUAACCUAAAACCUAAAACCCAGUCAACAUGCAAAUGCUAUUCUUUGAAGAAAAAAAUCAAGUACCUUUAGGGCAUCUCAAACCUUUUAUCUCUGUUCUUUCUGUAAAUAUGAACCUUCUAAAUAUGUACACAAGCUGAGUUGGGUUACUAAAUCUGCACAACUCUGAAGGCACUUUAUUAAAACUACACAGACAGGUUGUGUCUACAUUAGAAUGAAAAGGAAUAGUUCAGGAUCAAAUAGGGGUAAUUUACAGAUCCCAUCACUCUAAUGUUGAUGGGUGCAUCUAUUAACUAGUAUUACCUUAGGAACUUCAACAACAAAUCCCUGCAGAAACAACAAACAAAGCCUGUUAGAAAAAGGAACAUGUACGGUUUCAAAAAGGCUGACAAUUUAUCCUUUGUUAUCGUCAAACUUAUGUCUUAGCAUUUGUCUUUUUAUUAUUUCAGAUCUUUGACUGUAUAUAUAUGUUACUAAUUUAAUAUUUUCACUUAAAUGCUGCAAUAAAUUUUAACAGAAAUUAUUAACUUCUGAAGCUGUAAGUGAAAUCUAGGCUUACUUUUGUAGAUUGCUAGCAUAAUGCCAAACAAAAUGCUAAUGCUUGAACAUAUUUAACAGACUACUGUGCAGUUUACCACUGGCUUCAGCUAAUGCAGGGAGAAGUAGAAUGAAAAUAACUGUGUUAGAAUUAACAGAAAUAUUCUCAUAUGUUUUAACCAUCACUAAUAUUAGCUGGCAAACAGCUUUUGUAGUGUUCCCUGUGACUAUACAAGACCAGUGCUACAAGAUGCUUCGGCAUUGUUACAGCUAACCAAUUUUCCAGUUUAUUAUCCAGACAAAAUAUUGUGAAUUAUACCAUGGCCAAGGAUAGAAGUAAUUCCUGCACAACCAGCAUAGUAGAUGGCAUAGUGCUAGUGAUGGUUUUAACUUAUCCUGUGAAAUAACACAAUAUCUAUGACAGGAUUGGCCCACAAUUUAGUCCAAAAUCUGUGCACAAAUUCCUGUUCCCCUAAGGGUAAAUUGUAAUAACUUUGGUGGUCCUCUGACUUUAGAUGUAGCGCCAUCAUCAGGUCUACAUUUCCAUUUCUCCAACACUUUAGUUUAUGACCAAAUGC